AUGAAUUUUAAUAAAAUCAACCUGUCUCGAUCCCAAGUGAUCACACCGGCACGUUUAAAAGUUAUGAGAGAUCAUGUAAGACAAUUGAUAAAUGAAGCCACACAGGAACCUGAACAAGAUUUAUUCCAUGGUGCAAUUUUAAUUUCAAAGUUAAUUACUAUUUGUAUUGAAAAUCUCAAAAGGCAAGGAUUUCAUUACAUUCAGGGAGAUCGGACCGAAAUAGGAUACUUGUACGAUGAGCUAUCAAAAGAAUUAACGGUCAUAUUUAUGAAACAAAAUGACAUCAAAAAUGGAGAAUCCGAUGGUAAAAAACAAAAGGGAUUUCCAAAAGGUGACAAAACCAUUCAUACCAAUAAUAACGAAUCAUUGAUAAAACAACAAAAACGUCUAAAGCGCAGGAAAAAGGCAGAGAUUGUAGUCGAACAACCAUUGGAUGAAUCCAAGCGUAACGCGGAAUUCCUUUAUCCUUUCUCGCAGCCUAAUUUGGAACCUUUCUUUUCCGAACCAUCGAGCGAUGAGUAUAACCGCUUUGACGAUAAUCUUUUUGAUUUUCCGUUUGGAAAGGAUGAGAAAAAAACAUUAGAGAAAUCAUCAAAGGUUGAUACGGGCCAUGACACUAUACGCAAUACGGUUAAAAUUGAAAGUUGUCAUCCUCGAGCCUAUGAAAAUCAACAUAAUCAGAAUGAACCAAAAGUGUAA